AUUCUGGAGAACGUGGCAGCUGCCUUGGACAGGAACAGGAAAGAGGGUCUUCAACAGAGCCAAGACCUCCUGGUUAACGUGACGUCCAUCAUGGAGGAUUUCGAAGCCAGUUUUGAGCUCCAAUUGAGCGUUUUCAAAAACGAGCAAGAGCCCCAGUCGUGCGCUAGUGCUAAGGGUUUGGGUCCUCGGCCGGUGGUCCGUCUCUCUAGCGGUCAGCUUGUAGUCUGUGACACGGUGACGGACCAAGGUGGCUGGAUCGUGAUACAGAGACGUGUUUCGGCGGACGUUGACUUUUUCCGUGAUUGGGCGGACUACAGAAACGGAUUCGGAGACCUCUCUGGCAAUUUCUGGUUAGGCCUAGAAAAAAUCCACCAGCUGACAAAUCAGGAGAGAUACGAACUGAGGUUCGAUUUGAAAUUCCGUGGAAAAAAUUACUACUCCAGCUAUGACAACUUUUCGCUAUCUGGAGAAACAGAAAAUUACAAAAUUCAUAUUUCUGGAUUUUUGGGGAAUAUAAGUCAGGACAACAUGGCUUAUCACAAUGGUGCUGAGUUCUCAACCAAGGACCGUGACAACGAUGAAUCAUCGACUCACAACUGUGCCAAAGCCCACCACGGAGCUUGGUGGUACAAGAACUGCCAUUACGUGAACCCCAACGGACUGUGGGGCCCUUCAGGAGGCUUGAAUUGGCCCAGUGUAACAAGUCUUGAGCCUGUUUCCUUCAUCGAAAUGAAGAUUCGACCAUUUGCUAAGUGA